AUGAGUCAAAAUGUGUCAGCUGUUUUGCAAAAACAGUUACCACCAGAGUGUAAAGACCCAUGCAUGUUUACCAUACUAUGUAAGGUAGACAAUGUCUCAUUAAAUCAAGCCAUGUUGAACUUGGGGGCAUCAAUUAAUGUUAUGCCAUAUGCCAUUUACUCAUCUUUGGAUGUAGGGCCCCUAAAGCCAACCCGUGUUGUAAUCCAACUAGCGGAUAGAUCUAUUGUUUACCCUAAAGGGGUAUUAGAGGACGUGUUAGUUCAAGUGAAUGAAUUGGUCUUUCCGGCAGAUUUUUAUGUUAUAGAUAUGGAGGAGAAAAAUGCCUCCAAGGCCGGUAUGCUUUUGCUAGGUAGACCAUUUUUGAAAWYCUCUAAGACWAAGRUAGAYGUYCAUAGUGGUAGUUUGACCAUGGAAUUCGAUGGCGAGAUGAUUAAAUUUAAUAUAUAUGAUGCCAUGCGAUAUCCGAGUGAAGUUUCAUCUUUAUGCUUUGUUGAUAUUAUCGAGUCCUUAUCUGACAUUAUGUUUGAUCUAUCUAAUGAGGAUGUGUUAGAAGUGAUUCUAGACAAUUAUUUAAUGAAUGAAAGUUUGAAGAAGAUUGCCCAAGAGUACAAGCUUGAUGAUGAUUUUGCAGAAUUGGCACCCAAGAUAGAGUUGAAGACUCUACCACAUCAUCUGAAGUAUGCCUAUUUGGGAGAUAAAGAGACCCUUCCGGUGAUCAUAUGCGCCACACUAUCACCGAAUGAGAAAAGAGAACUUGUGGAUGUUUUGAAGGAGCACAAGAGGGCAAUUGGAUGGACCAUUGCCGGCAUCAAGGGCCUUGGUCCUUCACUUUGCCAACACAAGAUUCUAUUAGCGGAGGAGUACAAGCCAUUCUGA